AUGUCCCUCACGAUCACCGGCUCUGCCGGCCGCGCCAUCUCCCUGCCCACCGGCCUCUUCAUCCACAACGAAUUCACCCCAUCCUCCACCAACACCACCCUCCCCGUCGAGAAUCCCACCACCGGCGAUGUGCUGGGCACCGUCUCGGCCGCCAGCGAGGCCGAUGUCGACCGCGCCGUGACCUCAGCGACCACCGGUUUCGCCACCUGGCGAUCUACCCCGGGCGCCCAGCGCGCCCAGCUCCUGCUCAAGCUGGCCGAUCUGAUCGAGCGCGACGCCGAGGAGUUCGCCUCGAUUGAGGCCGUGGACGCGGGCAUCCUGUUCACCGACGGCAUGCGCAUGAAUGUGCCACAGGCGGUGGCCAACCUGCGCUACUACGCCGGCUGGGCCGACAAGAUCGACGGCCGCACCUUGGACAUGGAAGGCGGGGUGGGCUAUACCUACCGCGAGCCGCUGGGGGUCUGCGCAGCCAUUGUGCCCUGGAACGCGCCUCUGAUGAUCACGAUCUGGAAGCUGGCCCCCGCGCUCGCCACCGGCAACGCCCUCAUCAUCAAAACCUCCGAAAACUCCCCCCUCUACGGCCUCAAGCUCGCCCUCCUCAUCCGCGAAGCCGGCUUCCCGCCCGGUGUCGUCAACAUCCUCACCGGCCCCGGCUCCCCGACCGGCCACGCCGUCGCCGCCCACCCGCUCAUCCGCAAGGUCGCGUUCACGGGCUCCGCCGCCUCGGGCCGCCGCGUGCUCGCCGCCGCCGCCCACUCCAACCUGAAGAAAGUCAGCCUGGAGCUGGGCGGCAAGGGCCCCAGCAUCGUCUUCGACGACUGCGAUCUGGAGAACGCCCUGUUCUGGACCCGCAUCGGCAUCACCGCGAACAACGGCCAGACCUGCGCCGCGGGCUCGCGCAUCUACGUCCACGAGCGCGUCUACCACCGCUUCCUGGACGCCUAUGCGAAGGCCUCGGCCGACGCCCCCGCCGUCGUCGGUGACCCGCUGGACCCCGCCACCACCAAGGGUCCCAUCGUGAACGCCGCCCAGCAUCGGCGCAUCCUGGGCUAUAUCGCGGAAGGGAAGGAGGGCGGGGCGCGGCUGCUGUUUGGUGGCGGGAAGCUGGGCGAGAAGGGGUAUUUUGUGGAGAAUACGGCGUUUGCGGAUGUGGCGGAGGACGCGACGAUCAUGAAGGAGGAGAUUUUCGGCCCUGUUGCGAGUAUCGCCAAGUUUUCGUCCGAGGACGAGGUCGUGCGCAAGGCCAACGACUCGCUGCACGGGCUCAGCGCCGCCAUCUUCACCAACGACGUCAACCGGGCGUAUCGGGUCAGUCGCGCGCUGGAGUCCGGCCAGGUGACGGUCAACGCGUGGGCGAUGCUCAGCCCGAAUGCCCCGUUUGGCGGCGUCAAGGAGAGCGGGUUUGGCCGCGAUAUGGGCGAGGAGGCCUUGGAGGGCUGGACGGCGGUCAAGACGGUCAAGUAUAUGAUUCAGGGGUUGAAGCUAUAG